AUUAUUAUCUCUGGUGAAAUACAUAAACUUGGAUUCACGAAAGGAAGUUCGGUAAAAAGUUGCGUAAAAUUGCAUGGAUAUCAGCUUUUUAGGAUGUCAUGGAUUCGAAAAAUGACAAGGAGCCACUAGUAAGGAGAAAGAAAGAGAAGGCUAGCUUGAAAUGUGUAAUAGUUGGAGAUGGUGGUGUUGGGAAAACUUCUCUUCUAGUGAGCUACCUUAUGGACGGAUUUCCCAACGAUUACAUCCCGACCGCAUUUGACAAUUACCAAGUAUCCGUUGAAGUCGAUAAAAAAGUUUGCACUGUUGAAUUUUGCGAUACCGCGGGUCAGGAAGAUUUCGACUCACUCAGACCGCUAUGCUACUCCAGCACCGACGUCUUUAUAGUUUGCUUCUCUGUAGUUUCUCCAACUUCGUUCUCCAACGUUGCAUCAAAAUGGAUCCCAGAAAUACGCGAAUAUAAUCCCAAAGCUCCAAUAAUCUUAGUCGGCACUCACUCUGAUAUGAAAAAUUGUCUGAAAGUAUUACUAGAGCUGUCUGAAAAGAAUAGAGAGCCAGUCACUAUAAAAAAGGCCCAAGGACUGGCAAAAAAGACUCGCUGUAUUUGCUAUGUGGAAACUUCGUCUGUCACACAAAAGAAUCUUAAGACUGUUUUUGAUGAAGCGAUAGCUAAUGGCAUGUGGCCUCCGAAAACUUCAAAGGCGUUUGAUUUACGAGGCUGUGUUUGUGGAGUAAUGUAGCUCUCGGCGUUUCCGGUCAAUAGCUGAUAGUUUUAUAAUUCAUCUAGAGUGCAUUCAGCCAAACUGUUGAAUAGUUGACGUCACCUAAAUUAGAUGAGUUAGUUACUAUUUUAGCUGACCUCACAUAAAUUUGAAACUACGAGUAAUAAACCGCUACUGAGAUCAGGGGGACAAACGAUG